AUGACGCCCGGAAUACUCUCCGACACGGCUUCCAAAGCUAUCUUCCUGACGGUCUUCAUCUGGCGAUACACUCGUCUGGCCGUCAACAUCAUCUCCUACAACUUUCUCUACAAGCCUUCCCCCCGUCGUGUCAAUCCCAGGUAUACUCCCGGGGAUUGCUCUGUCAUCGUUCCAACCAUCGAUCCCGGGAACCCGAGAUUCCGCGACUGCAUUCGCAGUGUCCUGAGCAACAACCCCGAUACCGUCCAUGUGGUGACCGCCGGCCUAGGGCGCCAUGGCCACGAGCGGCUGAAUGGGAUCAAGAAGGUCACUGGUGAGCUCCAGAGAGAACUAUCCAGCAGGGCGAGGGUGGUGGUCAGUCUCAUUGAGCACCCUAAUAAGAGACAUCAGGUAGCACACGCCAUGCGAAAGAUCCACACAGAGAUCACCGUUUUGCUGGACGACAGUGUGACCUGGGGCAGCGAAUUUCUGCCCUCAAUGCUCGCUGCAUUUGAGGACCCGGAUACCGCCUUUGUCGGGACAAAGAAAAGGGUGGUCCGGGUCGAGGAUUCAAAGACGGGACUUGCUCGUUUCUGGUCAAUGGGCUGGCAGUUCCUGGGAUCCAUCUAUCUCGAGCGCCACAAUUUUGAGGUGCGGGCUACUAACGCCAUGGACGGCUCAGUCUUCGUCAUCUCUGGUCGUACUUCGGCCAUCCGCACCGAGAUUGUCAACACGAGCGACUUCUUGACCUAUUUUGAGAACGAACGGUUCUUUUUCGGUCUCCUUGGGCCUCUCAAUCCCGAUGAUGACAACGCAAUCACUCGAUACGUACUGAAGUCUCGCCGCUUCCCUCGAUGGAAGAUCAAGUGGCAGGCAACAGAGGAGGCGACUAUCGAUACCGUCCUCGGUGUAGACCCGGAACGGUUCAUCAAGCAGAAUCUGCGGUGGACGCGCACCACCUGGCGAUCCAACAGCUGCUCCGUCUUCACCGACCGCACGGCGUGGCGGUUCCCCUACGGGCUCUUCGCCAUCUACCUCCACAGCUUCGUGCAGUUCUCCCUCUUCGCCGACGCCACGAUGCUUUUCACCGUCACCCAGACCAGCCAGUACCAGACGUCCAGGUUCCCGGGUCUCCUCCUGGGGUGUCUUGCCGGAUUUAUCUUGCUGGGCAAGAUCGCCAAGCUGGUGCCCUAUCUCAAGCGAAACCCGGCCGACGUCAGGUUCCUGCCCUUCUUCUACUUCCCCUUCGCGUACUUGCACUCGUUCCUGCGCCUCUGGGCGCUGCUGACCUUCUGGGACUGCGAGUGGUCCGGCCGGGAUCUCAAGGCGAUCGACCACGAGUCCGACGGGGCGGACGAGGCCCAGCACCGGGACGGCGAAUUGGCAAUUCCCAUGGAUCGCUUGGUUGAGCGGCAUCCCGACGGUCUGCAAGUGGCAAGCGGUUGA